UCGGCGAGCGGCGAGCGCGGGGAGCCGUUCGGCGGCAGAGCUCAGGGCGCGCCAUGCUGCCCGCCGCUCUCCGCCGCUGGCUGCGCCGGCCCAAGCGCUCUGACCCCCGCCUGCUCUCCCAGUUCUUCUUUGCUGACGAGAGGGUGACGCGGGUGGUGGCUGAAAUCAACGGGCUGAAUGCUGAGCUGGACCCUCAGCAGUACCUGGUGCUCCUCAACCAGCUCCACCUCAGCCAGGCUCACCUGCUGGCCAUCCUGGAGCGGAUCAUGGAAGAAUGCAUCCCCAUGCAGCGGCACAGCCGUGACUACCUGGUCAAGUUCCCUGAGGAGCUCUUGGUGGACAACCUGGGGAACCACAUGCUGUUUGCUGCCGAGUGUCUCCUUGCUGGUACCUUCCUGGAGGUGGAGGAGGCGGAUGGGGCGCAGCUGCGGCCCCAGGCCAGGAACCUGCUGUGCAGCCUGGAGCUGGUGCGGACGGUGUUGCGGGAGCAGAGCCUGAGCCAGCCUGGCUCCUACCCAGAGCCUGUCCGGGCUGUGCUCAUCCAAUUUGAUCGGCUCUUCGCAGAGUUUGAGCUGAGCUAUGUGUCCUCACUGGUGGCAGUGAAGUCUCCCGAGGAGAUCUACAGGCAGCAGGAAAUCAUCGUCCUCUUCUGUGAGACAGUAGAGAGAGCCUUGCGCCUGGGCUACCUGACCCAGGAGAUGAUUGAUGGCUAUGAACCAUUGCUGAUGUUCACCAUCCCUCGCCUGGCUAUUAUCAGCGGCCUCCUCAUCUAUCCUGAGGGUCCCCUCAGCCUGGAGCAGAGCCCUGAGCAGAUGUCCCGGGUAUUCAGCCCCUUCUACAACCUCCUAAAGAAGAUUAGGGACCUAUUAUGGGUGCUGUCUGUGGAGGAGCUCUGCCUGCUGGAGAGGACCCUCUGCACAGCUGAAUCAGAGGAUCCUUGUGGUCUGACCACGCCCACAGCUCGGGGGGCAGCCAUGCCCAGAGUGGACCCUCCAGCUCCCUGGGGUCUCCAUGAGGUCUCCCAGACUACCACAUCACCCCCAACCUGUACAGGACGGCUGGGACCCUGUGGUGCAGUGGAUGACCUGGGCAGUGACCAGCAGUGGGGCCCACAGCCACCUGGGAGCUGCACAGGGCUCAAUGCCAAGCUGGGUGCCCGCUGCUGGGAGCUGCGCUCCUGCUACAGCAGCACCAAGGACAUGCUGCACACCCUCUUUGUCUGCAUCUCAGGGGUGGCUGAUCAGCUCCAGACCAACUUUGCCAGUGACCUGCGGAGCAUCUUGAAAACAGUUUUCAAGAUUGUCGCCUCGCAGGCAAAGCCCUCAGAGGAGAUAGGUGCCAGCCAGGAAGAGGAGGGUGACCCAUGUGCAGUGGAUUCUUCUCGUGUGGCCGACUGCCCCCUGUGCUCCAGCUCUGCAGAGGCUGUUGGGCUUCGCAGGGCAGGUGCCUGCCGCCUGCCCGAGUGGGUGCCGGACAGCAGGUGCAGCCAGUGCUCUGCCUGCCGCUCGCCCUUCACCCUCCUGCGUCGCAGGCACCACUGCCGCAGCUGUGGCAAGAUCUUCUGUGCCCGCUGCUCGCCACACGCUGUGGCUCUGCCACACUAUGGCCAACUGAAACCCGUGCGUGUCUGCACACACUGCUACAUGGCACACCUCCCACCCGUGCCCCGGCGUGCCCGGACCCACUAAAGCCCCCCACGCCAGACCCACAUGCACAGGAGGCUGCAGAUUUGGGGUAAACCAGCUGAUCUGGGGCUGCUGGGCGGCUCUGUGGCCCCUCGACUCCACUCAGGUCUGGACGGGCAUGGCGGCAGGACCCCCCACCCAGGCUGGCAGGGCCGGAGCUGCAGUGGGCGCUGGACCGCCUCAUCCGGUGCAACGAAGCCUUGCCUUUCUCUGGGACAGCUGCCACCGUGCACCUGCCCCCCAGCUGGAAAUGUGCUUCGAGGUGGGUUUUUUUCAGGUGAACUUUGGCUGCUGUUGGGCCCGGGGCAGAAUCUUCCCCCGGCACCUCUCCUGAGAUGAUGCAAACAGCCAUCACAUGACGGCGGGUGUCCCGAGGCCGUGCCGAGCCAUGCCCGGGGGCUGGCCCUCGCCCGCGGAGCCCGGCGCUCCCCUCUCCCCUUCCCACAGGCCGAUGGCUUUUAAUAAAGAGGCGAAUC